GUGUGCGUUGUGCUAACGUUCCAGGUAUUUGGAUAUUGGGAAGUGUUUGUAAGUUAAGCUAUUCAAAUCCUUGUGGUAUCGAGAUAACGUUGUAAUUUAUUUUACGUCGAAUAUACAUUGAAGGACCGAAUUCUUGUGGCAUCGAGAUAAAGUAAUUGAUUUUACGUCGAAUACACGUCAAGAACAAAAAUGUCUAUUGGUGUUCCAAUCAAAGUUCUUCAUGAAGCAGAGGGCCAUGUUGUAACUUGUGAAACGAAUACCGGCGAAGUUUAUAGGGGUAAAUUGAUUGAAGCAGAGGAUAAUAUGAACUGUCAGAUGAUAAAUGUCACAGUUACGUAUCGUGAUGGCAGAGUCGCACAGUUGGAAAACGUGUACAUUCGUGGAUCGAAAAUCAGAUUUCUCAUAUUGCCAGACAUGUUGAAAAAUGCCCCUAUGUUUAAACGGCAAGGCAACAAAGGUACCGGUGGUGCCGGUAGAGGAAAAUCGGCAAUUCUUCGAGCUCAAGCUGCACGUGGACGGGGACGGGGUGGACGUGGCCGAGGAGGUGGCAGUUGGCAGGGUGGUCCUGGUGGAGGUCCUGGAGGUGGCAGGGGACGGGGAGAUAGACCUUGAGCAUCAUUCACAUUGACUUGCAGUUUUGUAGAAUGAGUGAAUUCCAAGGGCAAGGUCCAAGAGAUUUAAGUUUACAGACUAAAAAGUUAUAUUCCAUUAUUUGGACCUGCGUUCAGUAUGUGAGUGACGUAUGCUUGUCUUCAGAGAGAAAUGUUUUCAUGUUCACCAUUCACUAUAGUGUAAGCUAAAUACAAAUGCAUUUUUCUGUAUGCUGUAUAAUAAAAUUCCUAAUUUGUAA